AUGCCUGUUAAGCAGUCGCUGCCAUUGAAACAAUAUUUAAGUCACGGAACUUGGCAGAAAACUUCAGUGCCCGCAUCUCGGCCUUUACCGUCUCGAUCUGAGGGCUCCAUGGACGACUUUGAAAUCCUAUUCAAGAGAGACCGAGGAGGUAGCCAGUGCAUCAACUCCUCUAUGUCACGAAUCUCCGGCAAAAGAAGGGGUUUUAAUGGUGAGAAUAGCCCAGAAAGUACUGACGUACACCCGUUCUGCGAGCGACAUUCGAUUCGGCAAAUGACCUCAUCUCCGUUAAAAGCGAAGAAUGAUUCUAUAGUAUCCUCGAUAUCGGUUGAUAAAUAUACCGCUUACGAUGCUGCAGUCAACCCUGGACAGCGCGACAAGGGACUCGACCUAUCCAUGCACGGUAGUUUCCGAUAUACUCUGGCUCAGAAUGAUGCUGGAAGGGUACUGACGAUCAGUGUAGUUACCGGUGAUGAGGCAGUAGCAUCAACCAAACGGCAAAGAUGUUAUGCAGAACAGCUUCCGAGGGCCGCCUUUCGUGGUAAGAAUAUACGCCUGGAAGAACCUAUCUCCUUCUCUGGCCAGGAGUCUGCGGUGGAGUCGUCCUUAGGGUCUUUGGGCGGGACGAAUUCUGAUGUCAACGCCCUGUGUCCUCCGCUUGAUGAACGGCUACAAGCACAGAAGAAAAACAUCACAGUUAAUGCUGCAAACCAAGGCUUGUUUUCGCGGUUAAAUUCUUCAGCACCAGACGCCAUAUUUAGUGGCAUGGCAGAGAUAUACCAACGGAAACUUCGUCACAGAGAGACUGCGAUACAGGGCGUAGUUUACAGCUCCAUCGACCAGAUGGCAAGAGAGGCGUCAUCUACGAGAGAUAGUGUUUCAGCUAGGCAAGCAGCUAUUAGAUCACACUUUGCUCAUAUAUGGAACUAUGAAGACGUCAUGCGAAAGGAUUUAAAGAGGUUGAUGGACGAGGCAGGAAAUGCAGAGGUGCCGUCUGAUGAGCUGAGCGACGAAACCGUCCAUGACCUCACACCGUGCCAUUUACAUGAAGUUGUCUAG